AGUUUGUCCGGUUCUAGGGGGAGCUAGACAGUGUCAGCGGUCGCACUCGAUGCAGUUCUUCACAUUUACUCCGCCGGUGGAGGAACCCAAGCUCUGCGUUCAUGGGUUCAGCUGAAGCACAGAGUUUGCGAUCGGCGGUCUUGCCGCCAUCGACCAUCUUCGCGGGCUGCGUCUCAGCUCGAGCAGGGCGGCCGCGGCUCGGAGCGCAGCAGCAGUGGGGCGGUAGCACGUGAGCUGGUGGCUUCGCGGAGUCGAGGUGGGGGCAGUGAAGUGGAUGCAAUGGCCCACACGGCUGCAGUAAUUGUGGUACUCACAGGAAUUGUAGGGUUCCUACUGUACUUUUCAAUACAUAAGAUUGAAGAGGGACACCUUGCUGUUUAUUACAGGGGGGGAGCUUUGCUGACUUCUCCCAAUGGUCCAGGAUACCACAUCAUGUUGCCUUUCAUCACCACCUACAGAUCUGUCCAGACAACCCUGCAGACUGAUGAAGUGAAGAAUGUGCCUUGUGGGACGAGUGGAGGUGUGAUGAUCUAUUUUGAUCGAAUUGAGGUGGUGAACAUGUUGGUUCCCUCAGCAGUGGUGGAGAUUGUGAAGAACUACACUGCAGAUUACGACAAAACUCUGAUUUUUAACAAGAUCCAUCAUGAGCUCAACCAGUUCUGCAGCAUUCACACUCUUCAGGAGGUGUACAUUGAUUUAUUUGAUAUUAUCGAUGAGAACCUUAAGACUGCCCUUCAGAAAGAUCUGAAUGUCAUGGCCCCUGGUCUCACUGUGCAGGCUGUUCGUGUUACAAAGCCCAAAAUCCCAGAGGCUAUUAGGAGAAAUUUUGAACUGAUGGAGGCCGAGAAGACCCGUCUGCUCAUCACUACUCAGACUCAGAAGGUUGUGGAGAAGGAGGCAGAGACAGAGAGAAAGAAGGCCAUCAUUGAGGCACAGAAAGCUGCUCAAGUGGCAGAGAUUCGUUUUAAGCAGAAAGUGAUGGAGAAAGAGACUGAAAAGAAGAUUUCUGAAAUAGAGGAUUCCGCAUUCUUGGCAAGAGAAAAGGCCAAGGCAGAUGCAGAGUUCUACACAGCUGAGAAGUUUGCUGAAGCAAAUAGGGUGAAGUUGACACCAGAGUACUUGGAGCUCACAAAGUACCAGGCAAUUGCAGGCAACAGUAAAAUCUAUUUUGGCCAAGACAUCCCCCCCAUGUUUGUAGACAACAGCGCCUCCUGUGGGAAGACUCGGGCUGAGCUGGAUUUUUCAGAGCAGCUUGGGUUGCUGGGCCAGGCUGUCAAGACCCGGAAGGCAGCGCAAGGUCGAACCAGGCACUCUAGGGAUGACUCUGGCCAGUGAGAGAGAGAGCUUUAAGAUACUUAUGCUCUGUCUGGCCUAUGCAGAGGGUUGAUACUGGCAGAACCUUCUAGACUUCUGUCCUCAACGGUUGAAACUAUAUGUGGUUCCCAGCAAGAUCAGGAGGAUUAUCGCUUCUGAUUUUCAAUGAUGUAAUCAAGAAGUUUGCUGCAGAAAUUCAAAGGAAAGGGCUUUGCAACAGAAAUAAAUUUGAUAACCAGUGCAAAUGAAAAAUAAAUGUUAAAUGGUGGUAUUGCAAAUCUGGACAUACACACUACAUAUUAUAUAUAUGUAGUGUGUGUGUCCAAAUUUGCGAUUUAAAUUGUUCAGCCUUUCUUGAACUGGAAUUCUGGGGCAAAAUAUUAUCAGUCGUAUGUUGUAAGCAAUGAUAAGCAGAGAAUUUCUGAAGACUCGUUUGAAUCGCAGCUUUUUGUAGAUUCUCAGUCUUUACGCAUAAAACCAAUGUAAACACACAAGCAGUGUUUGGAGGUGAAUGUAAUGCAUCACUUGCUUUUAUAAUGAGGUGUCAUUUGAGAGGAGUAAAGCCCAUCUCGCCUCUGAUGGCAGGUACUUUUGAAGCAGAUAACAGAGAUACUGUGCGAAGGUUUACUUGUUAGGGUAAUAACUUUCUUUUAAUGGCAUCUUCAGAGCACUGCACACACAACGCUGUCCCUCUAGGAAACAGACAUGAAUAUUUUAAUGACACCCUGUCUUUAAGUCACCAGUUCUUAAAAAGACUAAGCCAUUUUCUGUGGAAACGAAGCGUUCUUUUAGACAUUCGUGUCUGUUGGUUUUACACUUGAAAUUUCUUCAUUGAAAUUAAUUUAUGAAAGUGGUUUUUGACAAUGGAUGGCUGGAUGGAUGGAUGUAAUGUGUAUGUUAAGUUCACAAUAGAGUGGAAACUGUCCACUGAUUUGAUAUGAUAGUUAAUUACAAUUCUUUUUUUUUCGGAGUCAACAAGGAAGUAAAUCAACUCUGACCUUUUAUUUAUCAGGAAAACAGGUCAUGCAAAUGCUUUUAAACUGCAUUAUAACCAAUCCUAUAAAAUAUCCAUGUUUAGUAAUGUUUAAUGCAUGAAUUAUUUGUGUGACAUUACAGGCCUGUAAUAACUUGAACAGGAAAAUACAACAUUUUUCAGCACUCAGAAUAUAUUCAUUCCUGUUACAUUGAUAGAGGUAACUAAUGUUCCAAAAGCUAAUUUUUUAGUAUGAUACGUGAACAUAUGAGCAUUUGCUUCACAUCAUAUUAUUAUUAAUGAAACAUUAUUCAUUUCAAUAUUUACCAUAAUCUGUAAAAUUUUUACUUCCAUUUCAGUCAUGUUUAUCCCAGCAGAGGGCGGCCUUUUUCUUCUAGACUUUGUUUAUUUCUCACAAAUGUGUCUCAGUGGAAGUUAACUUCACCCAGUCGAACACCUUUUACCUCAAUUUUAUGCACCAUAGUUUUAACAUAAUAAAAUUUGUCUUAAAAUAUGGGAUAUAAAUAAGAGUGAAUUAUUUUCAGAAGUGCUGGUGCAAAAGAAAUGUUAGAAAUGUUAAAUACAAGUUCCAUUAAUGCGAUCGGUGUGAUUUAUUAACAAAAUCUCAAAUGUUAAAUACUGAAAGCUUUUACCUGUUUUUGUAAAAUUGUUAUAGUGGUCAUGAAUAUUUCUGCUAAAUAUGAACGCAAUUCAACGUAAUCUAAUGUGAAUAAAAAAGACAGCUUCCUACAGUUUUU